UGUUUACUCUUUGCUUGGUAUUCUCUUUGAGGACUGGUUUUAGAAAGGAAGAAUUUGUUCGUCCUCCGAAACUAACUUCUUUGCACGUAAACCAAAAGAUAAUAAUCAACUAACAACUAGGAGUAGAUAAAUCAAGAAAGGCCGGCUACCAGCUUUGUGGUAAUUGAAUUCUUCAACAUGAAAAAAUGGAAGUAAAGAUUAUCACAAUUCCUUAAAGAAAAUGCCCACUAAAACAUACAUCACCCAAAAAGUCCUAAAAGAAACCAACAUUUCCCUUGCUAGGCUGCUACCAUGGCAGAGUCCUCUGUUCAAUCAGCCGUACAACGCCUAGGAAAUCUCCUCACAGAAGAAGAACAAAAUCUACGUGCAAUCGAAGAAAAGGCGGAGCAGCUUCGAGACGAGCUCGAUUGGCUGCAUUGCUUCUUAAGGGAAGCUGAUACAAGUAGAUAUGUCGAUCCUAGAGUUAGUAGAUGGAUGAUUCAAAUACAAGAAAUCGCAUAUGAAGCUGAGGAUAUUGUAGAACUCUUCCUUUACAAACUCAUAAGUCACCAAAAUCAAGAGCAUGCAGGAAAAACAACUGUGAUCAAGAGUAAACUUGAAAGGUACUUAUGGGUUUUUGGUGAGGCUAAAGCCAUACAUGAUGCUAGUAAUAAUAUUGAGGCUUUACGAGCUAAAAUCGCUACGUUAACUUCAAGGCUUCAAGCUUAUGGAUUUAAGAUCACAAGGUCGGAUUUCGAUUCUUUGACAUCUAGAGUACAUGCACUAGAUGUCAUUAAGGAAGAAAAAUUUGUUGGGUUGGAUGAUCAAGUGAAGAAGAUUGUGUGUGAUUUGGUGGGUGAGACAGGAGAAAAUAGGGUAAUUGGUGUAUGGGGUAAAAGUGGUGUAGGGAAGACUACUUUGGCAAAGGAAGUUUACUUUGAUCAUGUAAUUAGGAAACAUUUUAACAGGUUUUCUUGGGUUCAUGUGCCACAAAAUUGGAAAUUUUGUGGUCUUUUGAGAGGGAUUUUAACUUGUUUUGCGACGAAAUCGGAUGAUGAGAUUAGCAUAAUGACUGAUCAAGAGUUGAUUAAUGAGGUAUAUGAAGUUUUGCUAGAGAAGAAGUGUUUGGUGGUUUUAGAUAAUGUAUGGAGUUGGGAGAUUUGGGAUGGUAUAAAAGCAGCAUUUCCUGGAGAUGAUGAUAUAGAUUCAGGAAGCAAAUUUUUGUUUACAACAGAAAAUAGGCAGGUUGCUGAGAAAAUGUAUGAGGGAGCAAUGAUUCAUGAGAUUAAAUGUUUAAGUUAUGAUCAGAGUUGGGAGCUUCUUCAAUCAAACUUGGGUAGUAUUCCAGCACAAAUCUUUGGAAUUGAUGGUACUCCAAAAAUGAUGGAAAUGGUAAAGAAAAUGUUGAAAUUAUGCCAAGGAAUACCAUUGGCAAUUACUGCUCUUGGAGGUCUUAUGGUAACCAAGAAAACACCAGAAGAGUGGCAAAUCCUUCUUGAUUUCUUGAGUUCUCACAACAACGGGAAAAAUCACGAACAAUCAUAUGAAAAAGUAAUGGAAGUGUGCUAUUAUGCAUUACCAUAUUACCUAAAGAAUUGCUUCCUUCAUUUAGGAAACUUUCCAGAAAAUUUCGAUAUUCCUACUAAGAACUUAUGCAACAUGUGGGUAGCUGAAGGUAUUGUGGUAUUAACGAAUGGUGAAGUUUGUAGGGGUGAAUCAUUAGAAGAUUUUGCAGAGAAUUGCUUAAGUGAGUUGUUACAGAGAGGUUUGGUUCAAGUAUCACAAAGAAAAUCUUCAAAUGGUAGUGUAAAAUCUUGUAGAAUGCAUGACCUUAUGCGAGAUUUAUGCUUAAGAGUAUCCAAAGAAGAAAAUUUCCUAAGCAUAAGGGACUUUGAUUCCAAUGAAGUAGUAGUAAAUGGGAAAACACGUCGAUUGGCCAUAUACUUGGGACAAGAAGGUAAAGAUCAAAUUCCACUUCCUUCAAAAAUUUCCAUCAUUAGGUCUCUUUUGUUGUUCCCUUCACAAAAAGAGAGACCAGAAGUAAAUCAUGCAUCGCUUAAAGCUCUUUGUCGAGACUCUCAGUUACUUCGCGUCUUAGACUUUCAAGGAGUCGUAGUAAGUUCCAAGACCUUGCCUAAGGAAAUUGGGGACUUGAUUUAUUUAAGGUACUUAAGCUUAAGGGAUAUGCUUCUUACAAAGGUACCACCAACAUUGGGUUGUUUAAGGUGGCUUGAAACACUUGAUUUACGAGCAAAGGUAAGGUUAGAGAUACCUAAUGUUUUGUGGUGCUUUCAAAGGUUAAGACAUUUAUACCUUCCUUGCUACUUCACCAUCAAAGAUUCUGAAAAAUUAAGAUUAGACAACUUGAACAACUUAUUAACACUGAAAAAUGUUAACCAUUUCAUACUCGAAGAUGUCCUUGCGAUGAAGAAUCUGAAAAAAGCCUCAGUUAGGUACAUGCCUGAGAAUGAACACAUUGAAUUCAUUCAAAAAUCGCCUGACAUUGUGUUUGGCCUCACUGUAUUUAGAGCUAUAAUAGGCAAAGAGCAAGUGAACUCGUUGAUAAGUUUCGACAACUUGAUCAAACUCGAGCUAAAAGGAGAGGUUUCAGUUACGAUAAAUAACAUCGAAUUUCCUCCAAAUUUGAAGAAGUUGGUCCUAGAUUUUUGUGGGAUAAUGGAAGAUCCAAUGCCGGUAUUAGAGAAGCUUACUAUGUUAACAAGUCUUUGCCUUGAUCACCAAGCAUAUGUGGGGGAAAAGAUGAUUUGCUCUGCUUUAGGCUUCCCUCAACUUACUUAUUUGAGGCUUAAUGGCUUGAAAAAUCUGCAAGAUUUGAAUGUAGAAAAAGGUGCAAUGUUGAACCUCAAAUACUUGGAGGUAAAAUAUUGUGAAAGAUUGACAAGGAUUCCUGAAGAGCUUCCUGAAAAGGUUCAAAUUACACAUAUUUGACAAAGAUCUUCAUGAAAUAUAAUUUUGUGCAGCAUUUUCUGGAGUUUUGCUAAGUGUUGUGUGGUAUUGAAUGAUACAUUUUGGCUGUAAAAUUCUGUUUGUUUUUCGCCUUGUUGGGUGUAUUUGUGUUCGAACAUCCAAUUAAUUGAAAACGUCUGUAAAAGUUGUAUUAUCACUAAGAGAACAUUAAUC